AUGAAUCGCGACAACGAGUCCAAGCCGGUCUACGCCGAGCAGCUUGAGAAGCCUGGUGUCGAAUACACCGAAAACGAAAAGACAGAUGCUGCUCACAGGGCUGAGGCCAUCGAGGCCGAAAAUGUUGAACACAACAUGACUGUACUCCAGGCCGUCAAGGCUUACCCCAUGGCUUCUUUCUGGGCCUUCGUCUUUUCUUGCACAAUUAUCAUGGAAUCCUACGAUGUCUUCCUUAUCGGUAACUUCGUUGCUCUGCCCGCUUUCAAGAAAGAGUUUGGAAUUGAAGUCGCCGGACAGGCAGACAAAGUCAUCGCAACCCAGUGGCAGUCUGCUCUCCAGGUCUCUGGACAACUUGGUGCUCUUAUCGGUGUCUUCGUCGCUGGUCCUCUGACCUCCCGCAUCGGUUACCGCUACGCCACCUUGACUGGUCUGAUGCUGUUGAACGCCUUCAUCUUCAUCUUCUACUUUGCAAACUCCAUGCCCGUCAUCUUCGCCGCUCAGAUCCUCGAGGGUAUUCCAUGGGGCAUUUUCAUCGCCAACGCUCCUGCAUACUGUUCUGAGAUCGUCCCCCUCAGACUCAGAGCUCCCGCAACUCAGAUGCUGCAAAUGUUCUGGGCUAUCGGCAGUAUCAUUGUUGGCGCUGUCACCUACGUGUACAACCCCAUCACCGAACAGAGGGCUUACAAGAUCCCAAUUGCCCUCCAAUGGAUGUUCCCGACCCCUCUCGCCAUCCUCGUCUUCUUCGCACCCGAGUCUCCCUGGUGGUUGACCCGCAAGGGCAAGUACGAGCAGGCCGCACAUUCUAUCGAGCGUCUUGGUCGCAGAUCUCAAGUCAACUCGGCCGACCAAGUAUCCAUGAUGCGUCGUGUCAUCGAAAUGGAAGAGUCAACAAAGAAGCCCAGUUACAUCGAGCUCUUCAAGGGCACCGACGCCCGCCGUACUUUCAUCGUCUGCUUCGUUUAUGCUGCACAAAACUUGACGGGUAACUUGAUUGCCAACCAGGCCGUCUACUUCUUCCAGCAGGCCGGUGUCAGUGACAAUCUCGCCUUCGCUCUCGGUCUCAUUACCUCCGCCCUUCAAAUGAUUUUCGUCAUGCUGUCCUGGAUCCUCACCACCUACUAUGGCAGACGUUCGAUCUACUUGUGGGGUUCUGCCGUCAACACGAUUCUCCUCGUCUGUCUCGGUAUCGCCGCUUCCGUCGGCAAGAGCAACGCUGCCAACCUCGCUCAAGCCUCUCUCGGUCUCAUCGUCUCCGUUCUUUUCACCCUCGGUCCCGCUCCCGCCUCCUGGGUCAUCAUCGGUGAAACCUCUGCUAUUCGUCUCCGUCCUCUCACCACCGGUAUCGGUCGCGCCACCUACUACAUUGUCGAAAUUCCCUGCAUUUUCCUCGCUUCGUACAUGCUCAACCCUACUGGCGGUAACCUCGGUGGCAAGUGCGGUUACGUCUGGGGUGGCACUGGCUUGAUCUGUCUGAUCACCGCCUACUUCUUCGUUCCUGAGAUGAAGGGCAGAUCUUACCGUGAGAUCGACAUUCUGUUCAAGCGCAAGGUCGAUGCUCGUCACUGGACCAAGACUGAGAUUGAUGUCAACGAUGAUGAGUAG